AUGCAUCGUCGUCCAACAACACACCUCCGUACCCGUCGGGCUCUCAUAAUCCUUGACUGCCAAAAUGCAUUUCUUUCCCCUUCCCCAAACCCAUUGGCUCCGCCAUCUUAUCAGGUGGAAUCAAUACCAUCAACACUGUCGCCUUUACUCUCUGCCUUUAGAGAAGUGGGCGAUGAGGUUAUUUGGGUCAAUACCCAGUUCGAAGGGACUUGGGAAUCUGGAAGGCGGGAUGGAGUCUUCGUUGAUGACGACGACGAAGAGGUUCCCAAAGAAGAAGUCAAGAAGGAAGUCAAGAAAGUGGUCAAUGGGAACAAGGCUAAUGGGAACGGGAACGGGAAUAAAGCUAAUGCGAACGGGAACAAGGCUAACGGGAAUGCAAACGGAAACAAGGCUGGUCCGUCAAGAACUAAUGGACAUUCUUAUCGACGAGUCCCGUUGAAGAAGGGGAUGGUGGCGGGGAAAUAUAAGGAUAUGGUUAGCGACUUGUUAAAAGGCUACGACGAAUCCGACAGCGAUGGUGACAACGGUACGAACGGUACGAACGGUACUCCAAAAGAGAAGAAAGAAGACGAAGUAAAAGAGGACCCAGGAUCGAACACCGACGAAUAUUUAUCCGAAGAAUUCACAAAGCUUUAUUCAUCAUUCUGGAAAGAACCGGACGUCUACAAAGCAUAUCCCGAUUAUAUAAAAUCGCUAAUAGUACCCAGCGACAAGCAAUACACUAAAUCAUCAUACUCAGCCUUCCAUAUCCCGAAUUUCUUGGGAAUCCUAAGGAGUCGCAUGGUCACGGAAAUAUACUUUGCAGGAGCACAUAGUAAUGUCGGUGUCUUUGCGACAGUGGCUGACGGGGCCAUGCAUGGGUUCGUGAUGACUGUGGUUGAAGACUGUGUGUUUUAUAGGAGCAAGAAAAGACACGAUACGGCAAUGGAUGAGAUGGAAACGGAUUUGGGCAUGAUCAAGAUGGAUAGUUCAGAGUUAUUGAAGAAGAUGGGGAAGACACCAGGGAAGAAACAAGAAAAAGUGGCAGAGAAAGAGGAAGAAGAUGCUACAGGGGAGGAAGUCUCCGGGACAGGCAGGAUUAGGAAUCCAACGCUUGACCCUGAAGUUGUCGAAGCGCUGAUGGAGAAGUUGAAAGUGGGCAGCACGACCGAGGAAGACGAAGAAGAAUCUAAGAAGGCCAAGAGGAAUUCGAGAAUCGGGGACGGCGGGAAGACGGUUAAUGGUGCCGGAAGGGUGAUCGCUAGUGGGAGUAGCAGAGUCGCACAAAGAGAGAGCCUUAAGACGCCAGAGCAACUAUUCGGAAAUUUUGCGACCACAGGGGUGCAGCGCCCGAAUAGUGCACCCGUCAGUGGGUUUCAAUUUUCUGCCCCCGAGCUACUAGAGAGGAAGAAAGAAGAAGGUGCGUCAUCAUCACCGACGAGUUCUCUUUCUUCAGAAAGUGUCAUCGAACGAACAUCAAUAUUCCAACGACCGUACAGCAUGGAUGCGACAAAGCUCGAGGAUCAAGAUGAAGAAAUAUGUGUCCGAGAAUUUAAGCGCAAUGUUCGACCGAGAGUAUCUCGCCCAGCUGCAUCUGCACCAGGCCCCGCUUCCUCGUCAUCUCCGUCAUCUGCUACCUCAGGGCCAGUACCUCGAGAACGUGUGCGCGCAAAGGUCACAAUGCGCCGCCCGACAGAUAAAAAGGGUCGUCCAGUUUCCCCAGAUAAACCUGGUAUUAGCAACAGCGGGAAACUAGAAAUUGCAAGGGCAAUGAGUAGUCUGAGUAUUUCCACGAUAUCAAGUGGCGAAGCUGAGAAGUCGCAGGCUGCAAAGGAUGAAUUGCUCAAGAGCAUUAUGACAAAAAAGACCGAGCCAUCCACAUCUUUACCGUCGCUACCAAUUGUUGCACCGGAAACCACGUUAGCGUCAUCAUCAUCCAAGUCACCUGCGGCUGAAGUUGAGACUAAGGCUGUUGGAGCGGGUGGCGCCAAAGCUGAGGAUGUUGAAGCUACCAAAGAAGCUACAGCUGGCGAGGAGAAGACUGGCGAAGUUGCUGGAACGCCCGAAAAGGCAAGCGAGCAGCCGGUGAAGGAUCAGGUCGAUAACGUUGAGAAUCAUUCCACCAAACCUCACGAAGAGUCUAUAAAAACACCGCCAUUGGCGACUUCAUCUAUGCUUUCUCCUCCAGUAUCAUCAACAGCAUCAAUCGAUUCUGCUUCGUCGCCUUCAAAGGAAAUUUCAAAGGACACAAUGCCUUCAUCUGAUUCUGAAGCUUCAGCCCCGUCGCCAGGCGACAACACAAUUGAAAAUCCACCACUGAAACAAGAUUCAGUCGACCAGCAAGCUCAUGUCGAACAGCCACCUGCUGAAAGCUCCACCACCACAAUCGCCACCACAAAGAUAACAACCGCUGCUUCUGAUCCGGGGCCAUCUACGGCUCCUGCCUCUCAAGAGCCACCCGCGGAUGCUGCCGCUCCUCAAUCGACCCACAAAGCUCGCAAACAAAAGCGUAAAGAUGCGAACCACUCCGCUGCCCUAGGUCCAAAUGACACCCUUGGUGAACCCACCGACACAACCUCCUUAAUCACUUCCCUCCUUCCAGCAGACUUCAGCGCUAGUGUCUUUGCCCAACUGAAGUCAGAAGUCCAAUGGCGAGUUAUGUACCACCGUGGCGGCGAAGUCCCACGCCUGGUAGCGGUACAAGGCCAAAUCGAUGAAGACGGUUCAUUCCCAAUCUACCGUCACCCAUCAGACGAAUCUCCACCUCUGCUUCCAUUUUCUAGGACGGUAGAAGAGAUUAGGAAACAUGUGGAGGCUAGGUUGGGGCACAAGGUCAACCACGUCCUGAUCCAGCUCUAUAGAACUGGUAUAGAUUACAUUUCUGAGCAUUCAGACAAGACAUUGGACAUCGUGAAAGGAAGCGGGAUCGUGAAUGUGAGCUUGGGAGCGCAGAGGGUUAUGACUUUGAGGACAAAGAAGAGGGAGAGGGAAAAACUUGUUCCCCAUGUUCAAGAUGAUACGAAGAAGGACGAACCUGAGCCCAGAGCUGAGCUAGAACCAACUAAGAAAAACCCAACGGUUGCAGAAGAUUCUCCUACCUCUACCCCUUCAAAAGUGGAGGAGGAGCCAGAAGAGCCUCGUAUCAUCCAAAAGAUUCCAUUGCCUCACAAUUCAAUGUUUAUUCUGGGCCUUCCCACCAACCAAAAAUGGAUGCACAGCAUACAACCAGACAAGCGUCUGCUCCGCGACAAAGCCCCCGAAGAACUGGCCUACUCCGGUGAACGAAUCUCUCUAACCUUCCGCCACAUUGGUACCUUCUUAAGCAAAGAUGAGAAGAAAAUCUGGGGCCAGGGUGCCACGGCUAAGAGCAAAGAAGACGCAAAGGAUACCAUUGUAGGCGAUCAAAAGAAUGCCGAGGAAAUGGUUUUUGCGUUUGCGGCAGAGAAUAGGAUGGGUGCUGGAUUUGAAUGGGACGAGUGGUACGGCAAGGGAUUCGACGUGCUCCAUUUCAAAGAACAGAGGAGAAAAAUUAGAGUGCUGAAAGGUGACCCUGGGUGUCUGGGGGUUAGAAUUGCUAUGGAAGUUGUGGGAUGGAAAGAUGUGGUCGUUGAAGAGGUGGGGAUUGAGCAAGUUAAGGGGAUGGAGGUCGCCGGAGGGCUUAGGGGAGACCUGCCGGUAUUGGAGGAUGUGGACAGGGAUAGAACGGUGGUAGUGGGAGAGGAAGCUGUGUUGAUGUUCUUGGCUACAGCGGUGGAUGAGGGUAUCAAGUGGUUGUUGCCAGAUCUAGUGACGAGACGGGCUGAAUAUGCGAGGUGUCUGAGCGGACUGAUGGAAGUCAGGAGAUUAAAAGCUGCUAUGGAAGUGCUGGCAGUUGUCAGUGCUGGAAGUGUAGUGGUUGAGCAUCCGCUUUUCGAGAAAGUCCACGAAGAGCUACAGUACUGGGAUGCAUGGUAUUCACCAAAGAAAGAGAGUGUGAGCUCCGAAACCGAGGGCGUCGGGAGCAGAGUUAACGUUGUGGAUUGCGCCGUCUUCCCAUACGUGAAGCGCCUAAGGGAGUUUGGAUUUUUGGAUGUGAAGGAGAAGGAUGGAGCUGGGGCUAGAUAUGAUAAUCUAGUGAAAUUUGUGAAAAGGUUUGAGAAGGAAAAGUUUGUGAAGGCGGUGGACAAGACUGUUGCCUAA